CUAUACCCGCGUCAACAUAUGGCUAUAUAAUGUGUAUGCGACCCAUAAAACGAAAAGGCAAAAAGCAUCAGCACCGAACAUCGCGCACCCAGAAGUGAACAAAGCGAACCGGAAGCGCUGUACUUGGAGGCACCCAGGCAGAAAGAACAUCAACCUUUUAUAAUAAAGCAAGGGAAAAUCUGCAAUCGGUACACCAUCAGGAUGGCUGAGCCUCGGUUCAACAACCCCUACUUCUGGCCUCCACCUCCCUCCAUGCCUGGCCAGCUGGAUAACCUGGUGCUCAUCAACAAGAUCAAGGAGCAGCUGAUGGCUGAGAAGAUCCGGCCCCUACACCUGCCACCCAACUCAGCCCCCUCCCAACAAACCCUGUUGGUGGCCUCCUCCCCCACAGACGGGGGACAGCAGCAGCACGGCAUGCCCAUGCCCAAGUCCCAACAGGGGCAGCACCACCCCCAGGGCUCGGUCCAGCAGCCCGACAUCGCACUGCAUGCCCGCCCGGCUUCCAGCUCUGUGCCAGUCAGAUCAGUAAAUUUUAUUACCUUCAAUUUCGAUGAUGCAGACGUGAAUAUGGACGACAAGUCAGCAGUGAAGGCCAAAGGACUGUGGGAUGAGUGGCACAUGCGACAGAUCGUAGAUCAGCCCACAAGAGUCAACCAUCGGUCAGUCUUCAUGUGCCCAUACACAGGUCUGGCUCCCUCGUCACGGCCCGAUGGCCACAGCACUUCGGAGGCCCUUACGCCGACCACACCCACCUCCAGCAGCCAGAACCGACUGGGAGGGGCCCCCUCAGUCAAUAUUGUGUCUGGGCUAGCUAGUGGCCCCGGCAUGGAUCAGAUGAAAACCGGGGGCCUCGCUGGACUCUUAGGACCCCCACCUAAGAUGCCCCGGGGGAGGAAGAAGAUCAAAGCGGAGAGUGGAGGGCCACUGCUGGUGGUGCCCUACCCCAUUAUGGCCUCAGGCGCCGACCAGGGAUGUAUCACUUUCCCUGCUAAAGAGGGCAAAACAUACAGGUGCAAAGUCUGUCCACUCACCUUCUUGUCCAAGUCAGAGAUGCAGAUCCACUCCAAGUCCCACACAGAGGCCAAGCCCCACAAGUGUCCCCACUGUUCAAAGUCCUUUGCCAAUGCGUCCUACCUGGCCCAGCACCUCCGCAUACACCUGGGCAUUAAGCCCUAUCACUGUUCCUACUGCGAGAACUCCUUCCGCCAGCUCUCGCAUCUGCAGCAGCACACCAGAAUCCACACUGGUGACAGACCCUAUAAAUGUGCAGCCCCUGGAUGUGAAAAGGCCUUCACCCAGCUGUCUAACCUUCAGUCUCACCAGAGGCAGCAUAACAAAGACAAGCCGUACAAAUGUCCCAACUGCUACCGUGCCUACUCAGACUCUGCAUCGCUACAGAUCCACCUGUCAGCACACGCCAUAAAAAACGCUAAGGCCUACUGCUGCAGUAUGUGUGGCCGGGCAUACACCUCAGAAACCUACCUUAUGAAGCACAUGUCCAAACACACAGUGGUGGAGCACCUAGUGAGUCACCAGUCCCCCCAGAGGACAGAGUCCCCCAGUAUCCCAAUACGCAUCUCCCUCAUCUGAGAUUUCCAUCCAGACAGCAUUACUGUAUGUUGUUGUAUUCAUUUUAUAUGUAAGGCUAUAGUUUAGGGGCACUGCACAUAAGGCCAUCAAAACAAGACGUACAUAUGCGUCAUACGACGCCAGACAUUUAUUUUCAAACCCUUUUUCCAUUUUGACACAGAUUGCGUCAGUUGAAUUGAAAUUGAGCGUGGCACAUUCAGUGUCAAUGGGAACAAAGGUUAGAAUGUCUUGAGUCAGAUACAACUGAGCACUUACAAAGUUGUUAUGCAUUGGCCCUAAAAAGUUCAUGUUUAAUAAUUUUUCUUCCAUCAAAUGGGUUUCUAAAAUGUGCUAGACAAUAUUUGCCCUAAUACAGAAAAUGAAUAGAUUGAUAUUUUCUGGGUGUGUUCUGGAGACAUCCAAAGAUAAUCUUAAAGCACUUUUUGGCUCCAAAUGUUUCAAUCUUUUCCGAUGGAAAUGCAAAAGCAUUGCUUGAGGCAGCUAAGAGUAUUGACUGUGUCUAAUUGAAAGUGUUUGUUUUUAAUUAUUAUUAUAUUUUUGUUAAAGCAGAGUUUACAGUGUCAGACUAUAAAAGCAUUUCAGCAGAAAACAAUUUGAAUCAUUGGCCAAAUCAAUUGUAAUGUUGUUUCCCAUGGAGGAAUGAUGAAACAACCUAAAGUGCUGUAAUUUUUUUUUAUUAAUGUUUACUAUUGUCAAGAUCAAUCAUUGUUUAUUCUUAAUGGAAUCAAGAUCAUAUACAAUAGUUUAUAAGAGCAGACACCAAUUUACUGAACUGUUAAAGUUAACAGAACCGUUUACCUGUUUUCAUUGCAGCCAGGUCUUAUAGAGUUGGUGGCUUUACACCAACAUGAGCCAAAUCCAGAUUAAUUGUUAAACAAAAAGGUGAAAAUUAGCUGUGUAGUGCAAUAUUAUUUUGUCCUAAGGCUAUUUUACACAGCACAUAUAAGCAUGGAAUUGAAUGGAUUCAAAGUUGGCCUUAUUGGGAGUGACUUUACUGGAUUAAGUAUUUGUACUCUUGUUUUGUGAAUUACACAACUGCUCCAUAUAAAGGCAGGACCCGAACACAAACUAGUGGUACCCACAAGACAUAUGCGUACAGGGCAGGGUUAGGGGAAAGGUGUUGUGAACGAUGAUUGGCAGGUAGUUUAAGACAUAUAGGUCCAACAGCUGAUGACUGUUAUUGUGACAGUCAGGCAGGCCUUGGCUAGAGGGGUAGGACCCAUCAAGUUAAAUGACCCACACCAGUAGUCUUUACCUGAAAGACCAUGUCCAGAGCUUACCAUGUUAUCAAACAAUAAACAUUAAUAUGUAUUCUUUUUUUUUGUCAAAUGUACAAUAUUGGCCCUAAAGUUUAAUAUCCAAUGUUGCCACUUCUGCUGUUUUAAUGAUUUUUUUUUUUUUUAAAAGAAGAGAAUAUGCGCUGGGAAUCUCACAACAUUAUAAAAGAUGAAAUUGCAGGAUAUUAUUUUACUUUAGAACCCUUCUGAAUUACCCCAAGAUUGUUUUAUCAUAGACAUUCAUUUUGCAAGCCCCUUGUUGCCAGAGGCAAGCACAGUUAAAUCAUUUUCCAGCAUUCUUUGGUCUUAAAUAGACAAACCCGAGGCACUGCAGCAUGCAGAAUGAACUCUCCAAAUGCUUCAUAAAACUAUCCAUAUUAACAGAGCCUAUACUUUAUAUUUCUAAUUUAGAGAAUCAAUUGACAACGCUGUCCAGGUGCCUGUCCAAAUAUUAAUAUUAAUUACACAGUUCACUGUAAUUAUUACACAAACAAAUUUCAAUCUUCAACAGCUGCAAUGCAUUUCUUGUUAUUAUUCAUGUCAUCCAUGUGGGCACCAAAAAAUUCCUACCCCCAUUUUGCAAAUAUGUAUUAGCAACCUGCAUCAGUUUGGAGGUAAACGCUUAAUGAGAAUUUCUGGCCUAGGACAGAAUUACUGCAUAAUAGAGAUAGAUAGGCCACUAAUGGGGGGAAAUGUUGCCACUUUGGUACUGUUUUUCUCUAAAUAUAAUUAUACUUUCAACACAUAUAGUAAGCAUACAUUUAUUGAAGGUCAAAUGGCUUGUUUCUUUAAUUCUUUUUUACUUGUAUUUUGUUAUACUCUCUUAUUUCACAUUACACUUCAAAAUAUUAUCACCAAGUCAAGUAAAGCUACUACCAAGCCUGGGAACAGAGAUCUGUGCUGCUUCAUUUAUAUAAAAUCAAUACAACCGUUUUAACAUGACAGUGAUAUUGGAAUAAGCAUAGUUGGACCAAAAAGUGACCCAAUAUAAACCCUAAACCCACUACCUUUUAUCUUAAUUUGAUUUGUGAAACAAAGUCUCAGCCAGUUUUUACGUGUUUAAAGUGCAGUCAGUAAAUUUGAGUUUGUUCAAAGGUUCAUACCAUAUAACUUCAUAUGAACUGGCAGUUUUACUGCAAGUGUUUCAUCAUGGUAUACUCAGUAUUGUUUGUUGUAUUUUUACUGUAAUUUAACCUUCUGGUUGCUGGAUGGUACUAGUAGCCUGUAUUCUUCAGGUUACUUUAGAAAAGGUGCUAAGGCUAGAUGUUUAUUUGAGAUGUAACUGAGGAUAUUGUUAAAUACAUAUAGUAUGUAUAAAAAAAAAAAAAAAAAAAAAAAAAAA